AGGGUCAGGGAAGAAAGCGGGAGGUUUGCAAGAGAAGAGGGCGUCGCAGGCAUGGAGGAGAAGUUCCACAAGGUUGCUUUGUGGUUGAAAAAGACAUAUGGGGACGAGCUCAUCCCUCCACAUGAAACAGAUACGCGAACGGUUGAUAUUCUGUAUGAACUGGCAGAGUGCAAUGAGUCGAGAGAUGGGGACGUCAGCCUGCUGAUUGAUGACAUGAAGCAGAAAGCAGCAGAGUAUGAAUCGGAUGGCAGCUAUCUACAGGAUCUUUUGACGGAGAGUCUGAAUCUUUCUUUCAGCAGCCUGUCUAAGGUCAGCACCAGCUUUCUGAACAACUUGGUGGACACAGCCUUGGCCCUUGAAACAAAGGACACGUCUCUUGCAAGCUUCAUUCCUGCCAUCAAUGACUUGACUUCAGAUCUAUAUGCAGUAGAAUCGAAAAACAAAGACAUGGAGCUUGAACUGAAAAACCUGAGGAAGAAACUCACCUUGGCGCUGGUUCUGGAAAAACAUCUCAAAGAUGACCUCAUGAAAACAGAAGAACUUCUAGUAAUGGAAAAAGCCAAAGCUGAUAGCAGGACCCAGAACAUGAAGUUCCUAAAAGACAAAUCUGAGGAUAUGAAAUUCAGAGUCAAGGCGGCAGAGGAACAACUUUCUGCGAGUGGGAUGGAUGCUUCCCUGACUCAUGAGUCUCUAGUGAAUCUUUCAGAGAAACUGGUAGAAUUGAAGAAGCAGGCAGCGCCUUUGAAGAAGAAACUGGAGUCUUAUCUGGACCUUACACCUAGCCCUUCUCUCGCUCGAGUGAAGAUUGAAGAAGCGAAGAGGGAGCUGGAAGCACUUGAGGCAGAGUUUUCAGAAAAGGUGGACAUGACAGCACUUUCAAUAACUUUACCUACCAAACGUCAAUUUACCUAACGACCCUGGUGUACACAAAAGGGACAGUUGUGAAUUUUGUGAAUGUUGGUAUGUCUUUCUUGCCUUCACAUGGCAUUACCCUGUCUUUCACCUUCAUUUCUCCAACAAAAGCAAUAUUUUUUAAAAAAUAUAUACAGCUUUUGCAUUUUGUAUAUAUUUAUAGUUGUGUUCCCCACCCCAUGAGAAUGUUUCACUGUUCAAUCUUUCUGAAUAAACCUUUUACAAUAA